AUGGCGUUGUAUGGAGCGGCGGCGACCGUGCUCUCGGGGCUAGAGGCCCACCAGGGCUCCCUGAAGACCCUGGUCUACGGUAGCCGCUUCCAGAAUGUGCGGCAGCUGUACGCCCUGGUGUGCCAGACCCAGCGUUACUCGGCUGUGCUGGACGCAGUGAUCCGUAGCGCCAAGCUCCUGGAGGCAGAGAAGAAGCUGAAGCCUCACCUGGCCAAGGUCCUGGUAUAUGAACUACUGCUGGGACGGGGGUUACGGGGUGGAGGCCGAUGGAAGCCUGUGCUAUCCCGGCACAAGGCGAGGCUACAGGCAGAGUUUGCCCGGCUCAAGGUGAAGCGGUGUGUGAGCCGCAACGAGGACCUGCUGGAGUCCAGUCCUGGGGCUGCUCAGGUGAUUCAGCUUCCUCGAUUUGUACGGGUGAACACGCUCAAGACCUGCCUUGAUGAUACCAUUGAUUACUUUAAGCGAGAGGGCUACUCCUACCAGGGCUGUGCUUCUGGAUUGGAUGAGCUUCGGGCUUUAGAGGGAAAACGUUUUUUUCUGGAUCCUCUGCUCCCAGAGCUACUUGUGUUUCCUUCAGGUACUGACCUACAUAAACACCCACUGUACCAGGCUGGCCACCUCAUCCUGCAAGAUAAGGCGAGCUGCCUUCCAGCCAUGUUGCUGGCUCCUCCUCCCGGUUCCCAUGUCAUCGAUGCCUGUGCUGCCCCAGGCAAUAAGACAAGCCACCUGGCUGCUCUGCUGAAAAACCAGGGGAAAAUCUUUGCUUUUGACUUGGAUGCAGGGCGGCUAGCAGCUAUGGCCACGCUGCUGACCAGAGCUGGAGUUUCUUGUUGUGAGAUAGCCAAUGAGGACUUUCUAUCAAUAUCUCCCUCUAACCCACGAUAUAGCCGGGUCCAGUAUAUCUUGUUGGACCCUUCUUGCAGUGGUUCUGGCAUGGUGUCAAGGCAGCUUGAGGAGCCUGGUGCUGUCAGCCCCAGCCAGGAACGUUUACAUGCCCUGGCUGGAUUCCAGCGCCGUGCCCUAAGCCAUGCACUUUCCUUCCCGGCCCUGCAACGUUUGGUCUAUUCGACCUGUUCUGUGUGCCAGGAGGAGAAUGAGGAUGUGGUUCAAGAUAUCCUGCAGCAGAAGCUUGGACCCUUCAGGCUAGUGGAUGCCUUGCCUCUGUGGCCACAGAGAGGUCUCAGCACCUUCCCAGGGGCAGAACAUUGUAUCCGGGCAUCUCCUGAAGCCACGCUUACUGGGGGUUUCUUUGUUGCUGUAUUGGAACGGGUGGAUGAGAAAAGCUCAGGUCCAGAACUACAACCGCUGGCUGGAGGACCCAGACCCAGUGUGGCUCCUAAGAAAAGGAAGCGACGUCAAAAAAAGACCAUUAACUAGGUGACCGUGGACAAAGCUCCUGCUGCCUCUGCCCUGGGAGUGACAGCAAGCCACUGGUUUCUGGAGUAACAGUUCUGGCUUGAACCUCCAGGGGCCCUUCUUCUCAUUGCUCCUGUUCCUGAGGCAGGGAGAUAGUCAUCCUGUAUUCCUAUGUCAAAUGUUCAAAUCUGCCCCUACCCCCAUGGGGAAAAAAAGACAGAAUAGGGUCCAGUGGAGAUCACAGUUUUGUUUAUUUUUAAAAUCAAUGACAUUAUAAGAAGCAAGGAAAAAAAAUUGCACAUUCACACUAAAUUCCCACCAGGCUCAACAGGAACAGUGUCUUGUCAUGGAAAGAAAAUUUUGUCUCCCAUUCCUGUCUGGUCUUGUGCAUGUACCUGCACAGGGCUGAGGCCUCAAGUGGGGUGGGCAUUGGCAGCUCUCUGGGCACUGAUUGUAACAGGCUCUUGUGCCCACCAUGGCAGGCCAAGGCCGCUUCAGCCCAAUGAAGCUCUCUCCCAAAGGCUCUGUGAAACUAAGCAGUGGCUGAGACACAAGAAGGAGCUUCAGAGAUCUCCCAAUGCUCCACUCCCCUUCUCCUGCCUCAAAAAUGGCAACCACCAGAGCUGCUAUCACAGGGGGGAAAACCUUGCCCUAGCCACAUUCACAUACAUCACAUUAUUAGAAAAGAAGUAAGUACAUUUUGUAGAACGAUUCCCUGGGGGAGAAGGGAGUCUGAGCGAGCCCAUCCUCCCACAGACAGUCAGGCUUCCUCCUCCCCCAGAUCUAACUGCUCAGCUAAUUUCUGGACAACAGCUUUGUACUUUCUUAACAGCCUCAAUGAACCAAGCUUGAAGGAAUUCAAAAGGCAAUUUAGCUUAAAUAUAAAAAUAAAUUUUAUUUUGUUAAAAAAA